UUAGAGAAAUGGGGGUUCAUGACACUUGGGCAGACAUCAAAGGCUUUGCUCUCCAAGUUCUUACAGGCCGGUGGCUCAUGCUGUUUGCCUCAUUUCUAAUGAUGGCUAGUGCUGGUGCAAGCUACAUGUUUGGCCUCUACUCAAAUGACAUCAAAUCUGUCCUUGGCUACAACCAAUCCACCCUCAAUAUGAUCAGCUUCUUCAAGGACUUGGGGGCCAACAUUGGCAUCUUCUCUGGCCUAAUCAAUGAAGUCACACCCCCAUGGGUGGUCUUAUCAAUUGGUGCAGCAUUCAACUUUUUUGGGUACUUCAUGAUAUGGCUUGCCGUGACAGAAAAAAUAGCCAAGCCCCAAGUCUGGCACAUGUGCUUGUACAUCACAAUGGGAGCAAAUUCACAUACUUUCAUCAACACCGGAGCUUUCGUCACAUGUGUAAAGAACUUCCCGAGAAGCCGCGGCCUCUUGAUCGGGCUUUUGAAUGGCUACAUUGGCCUGAGUGCAGCUGUGAUUGCACAGCUAUACCAUGCUUUCUAUGGUGAUGACACAAAGUCCUUCACUUUGUUUGUGGCAUGGCUUCCUUCAGCUGUUUCUCUGAUAUUUCUUCGUACGAUUCGGAUCAUGAAGGUUAUACCGCAGAAGAGAUAUUACAAGGUGUUAUGUAAAUUCCUCUAUAUCUCACUUGGAUUGGCAGGGUACUUGUUAAUUAUAAUCAUAGUAGAGCAAAAGGUGAAUUUCACACAAAUUGAGUAUGGUGGAAGUGCAGCUAUAGUGCUUUUCUUGCUCUUUCUCCCACUUGCUGUUGUUGUUGCAGAAGAGUAUAUUUCUUGGAGGACCAAGCAAUCUUUGAGCACUGAAAAUAUUGAAAUUCCAUCACCAGAUUCAACCCAUGUGGACCAAAACAAGCUUUCUUGUUGGAAACAUGUGUUUAGUCCACCAGAGAUAGGAGAAGACCACACAAUACUCCAAGCAGUGUUCAGCAUUGAGAUGUUGACUUUGUUCUUGACCACAUUGUGUGGCCUAGGCGGCAUGUUGACAAUGAUGGACAAUUUGGGUCAGAUUGGAACUGCCCUAGGAUACUCCAUGGAAAGCAUAAGCACUUUUGUGUCACUCGCAAGCAUAUGGAUUUACCUUGGAGAAGUAAUGGUGGGUUUGCUCUCAGAAAUCUUUAUCACAAAGUACAAAUGUCCAAGGCCUCUCAUGUUCACUUUCUCCCUUUUUCUGUCCUGCAUUGGUCACCUUCUAAUUGCCUUCAAUGUCCGAAAUGGUCUCUAUAUAGCUUCAAUAAUCACAGGGUUUUGCUUUGGUGGAGUAUGGCCAUUGCUUUUUUCAAUAAUUUCUGAGAUUUUUGGGCUCAAGCAUAUCUCUACGCUCAACAAUGUUGGGGCAAUGGCUUGCCCACUUGGGUCAUAUUUACUUAAUGUGAAGGUCACAGGGUAUCUUUAUGACAGGGAGGCAGAGAGGCAAUUGAGAGCUUUGGGAUUGGAAAGGAAGCCUGGGGAGGAGUUGAAUUGCAGUGGAGGGCAAUGCUUCAAAUUACCCUUCAUUAUAAUCACUGCAGUGACAUUGCUUGGUGUGCUUGUUUCCCUGGUUUUGGUGUUUAGGACUAGGAAGUUUUAUAACAGUGACAUUUAUAAAAAGUUCAAAGAUGAGAAAAGAGCAGCAGAGUCUGAAACAGUGGUGACCAAAAACCCCAAUGUUGGGCUACCGAAGUUGGAAGCUGAGAUUGAGAUGUAUGCAUGA